AUGACGCCCUUACAACCAGAACCAACAAGAUCCAUAUUCCAACCAAAGUUGGUUUUAAUUUGUUCAGCAAUCUUGUUUAGUUUCUUCUUAAUCAAUCAAAAGAAUUCAUCACAUCUUGAUUUAGAAGAUGCAUUAUAUUUAACCAAGAAUUCAAUCCGAGAAUUUAAAGAUCAACAUUUCCCUGAUGGAACAUUGUAUCAUCCUCAUCCAAGACGAAGAACUCUUACUAAUGAUUCUCGAAUACUUGAAAGUGAUAUUGAUUAUCCUUUGAAUAAUGUCGUUAAUUCAUUCUUCCCCAUUGAUGCAAUUAUAAGUUAUAAUAGAUCAACAACAACCAUUCCAACUUUCCCAACUAACAAUAUAACAACUCAUGAAUUGAUUAGUAGAUAUGCUUCAUUCAGUCCCGUGUUGAAUUAUAAUAUGAUUAGUCACUAUCGGAUAUUACCUCAUAAUGCAUGUACGAAAUUUGAACCGGAAGAUCCUGAAGAAUUGGAAGGUUUCAAGAAUAAAGUAAUUAUAGUGCUUAGAGGUGAUUGUACAUUUGUUGAUAAAGUAACUAAUGUUCUUGAAUCAAAAUUAGAUCCAACUUGUAUUAUUAUUGCUAAUGAUGAACCUUAUCGAGGGUUAAUUACAAUGUUUCUGAAUAAUUUUAAUCAAGAUGGUUCUUUACGAACUCCUAUUUUAUUUAUAACCAAUGAAGAUUUCAUGACUUUAUCAAAUAUAGAAUCAGAGGAUUUACCAAUUGGUAUUAGAACCGCCUAUAUUGGAAGUUGGUUAAGUAUUAUUUUAUCCAUGGUAUUAUCCCCACCAUUAUUAAUCAUUUUUUUCUAUUCUAUGAUAGUUUGUGGACAACGGAUUCGUAGAAGACAAAUCAAUAUGCAAAAUGCCAAAAUGGUAAAACAAUUACCGGUAUACAUAUUCAAUAUAGAUCAUUUAAUCCUUGCCCCCUUUUUCCAAAAGUAUUUAAAAGUUACUGGCCAAACCAAUAUGGUCCCCCGUGAUUCCGAAACCACCGAUCUUUAUGAAUCCCCCAAACCUUCUAGAAAUGGAUCCUCAUUAUCAAUACAUAAAAUAACAGUCGGUGGGAUUGAUGUAAGAUCAUCAAAAGAUUCCUUACAUGUAAUUACCGCCCCUGAUGAUUUUUAUCCCGCAUAUAAAUGUUCAAUAUGUUUAGAAAAAUAUAUUCCAUUAAAAUCAAAAUUAUUAGUAUUGGAAUGUAAACAUUUCUUUCAUGAGAAAUGUUUACUGAAUUGGUUAAUAAAUUUUAGAAGAAGUUGUCCAUUAUGUAAUUCAACUUUAACAAAACCAAAUUGUACAUAUUUAUUAGGAAGUGAUGAUGAAAUUGUUGAAUAUGGGAGCACUAAUGAUUUAGAAGCUGGUGUUUUGGUUCCGUUUUUUGAUCCUUCUCCAUCUCAAGAAGAAAGUUUAGAGAGUGAGGAUGAUAUAUAUAGUGAUGGAUUAUUUCCUGUGGGGUCAUCUUCUCGAGAACUUAGUGUCACCAGAUCGGAAGGAAAUGAAUUACAUUCUGUUGUUCAAAAUGAAGAAAUUCCUCCUCCCGUGAUUGUCGGACCUAGUAGUGGAGUAUCAGAAACUACGGAUAUGUCAUUCUUCACCCCAGCACAAUCACCCCCACUUCCCGCAGAUAAGUUGGUUAGACCACCACCUGUAUCAGCUACCCAUUCAUUUCGAAUUUCAAAACCACUGCAGAUUUUGAGUAGAUUUUCAGGCAGAGAGGAAGAGAAUGAAAGUGAACCUGGUUCCAAAGAAGAUUCUAGGUUGGAAUUGAGUGUGAGUAUUGAUUCUGGGGAUUUUGUCAGUGCGAGUGAAGAACAACAACUACAUCAGGAUUCUAAUUCUAUUGAGUCAAGCGGAUCAAGUAACGAAACGAUGGAAUAUCAUGGGGGUGAUAAUGAUGAUGUAUCUACUCUCGAGCAUAUGGAGACUCACCAGUGA